UUUGGAUCAUGCCGUAAAAUGAGCUGUAAAAACAGAUGGACGGCAUUGAUGUAAGGGAAAUAAAUUAUAGGGAUCCAACAAAGGCAUUCUGGUUCUCCGCCGGCCCCACCAAAUCAUCUCGGAACCAAGCAGUGGGAAUCGACCACCUGUCCAUACCUGGUGCGCUCGUGAUCAUGAGAGCGCGCGAGCAUAAAAGUCGAAACAGUCGCAGUUGCGACGAACAAUCGUAGAGUCGGGAGCAGAAAAACAGAAGCGGAGAGAGAGAGAGAGAGCGAGCUAAGCUCCAUGGAACUAAGUACCGUAGCUUUCACCCGCCUUCAGGGACAUUUCCCUCUGCAUUUGUGGGUUUUCAGAUCGCCAUUGAAGCUGCAGAAGCUUAGCAACUUCAAGCAUUCCAUCGAUCCAGGCCCGUCUCCACGACAGCAGAGGCAUAUAAACAAUUUGAGUGGUGAAAGGUUGGCAGCCAAAAUGGCUGAAUACGAAGGGGAGAAGAUCACCACAGAUGUCACUUCUGGGAAUAUGGUUUUCGAACCUGUACUUGAGGAGGGGGUUUUCCGUUUUGAUUGUUCUGGAAAUUAUAGGAAUGCGGCAUAUCCAAGUCUCUCUUUCGUGGAUUGUAAAUCGAGGGACAUACCAAUCAUGAUUCAUAAGGUUCCCGUGUAUAUUCCUACAUUUGAACUCCUUCAUGGGCAACAGGUUGUCACUAUCAAGCUCCCUACUGGAUCAUCUUUGUAUGGAACAGGAGAAGUUAGUGGGCAGCUUCAGCGGACUGGAAAGAGAAUAUUUACAUGGAACACCGAUGCAUGGGGUUAUGGUUCGGGAACAACAUCCUUGUAUCAGUCACAUCCUUGGGUCCUUGCUAUCCUUCCAAAUGGAGAGGCAUUUGGGGUUCUUGCGGAUACAACUCGACGUUGUGAGAUCGACCUACGGAAGGAAUCAACAAUAAAGUUUGCUUCUCCAACUGCAUAUCCAAUUAUUACAUUCGGUCCAUUUACGUCGCCAACUGCAGUCCUGAUAUCUCUAUCUCAUGCAAUCGGGACUGUCUUUAUGCCUCCAAAAUGGUCUCUAGGCUAUCAUCAAUGUCGUUGGAGCUAUGAUUCAGAUGCAAAAGUUCUUAAGGUUGCUAGAACAUUCCGAGAGAAGGGAAUACCUUGUGAUGUCAUAUGGAUGGACAUUGACUACAUGGAUGGUUUCCGUUGUUUUACUUUCGACCAAGAGCAUUUCGUUGAUCCAAAAUCUUUGGCAAAUGAGCUUCAUAUUAAUGGUUUUAAAGCAAUUUGGAUGCUCGACCCGGGGAUUAAGUGUGAAGAGGGCUACUUUGUUUAUGAUAGUGGUUCUGAAAUUGACAUAUGGGUUCAAAAAGCAGAUGGGGGAGCUUUUGUUGGGGAUGUAUGGCCUGGGCCUUGUGUUUUUCCUGAUUUUACGCAAGAAAAGACCCGUUUGUGGUGGGCUAAGUUAGUAAAGGACUUCAUUUUUAAUGGUGUUGAUGGGAUAUGGAAUGAUAUGAACGAGCCUACAGUUUUCAAGUCUAUAACAAAAACCAUGCCAGAGAGCAACAUUCACAGAGGAGACAUUGAACUUGGUGGCUGUCAGGAUCAUGCUUAUUAUCACAAUGUUUAUGGCAUGCUGAUGGCAAGGUCAACAUAUGAGGGAAUGCAAAUGGCCAGUGGGGAAAAACGCCCAUUUGUUCUCACCAGAGCUGGGUAUAUAGGUAGUCAAAGGUAUGCUGCAACAUGGACUGGAGAUAACCUAUCAAAUUGGGAGCAUUUGCGUAUGAGUAUACCCAUGGCGAUUCAAUUGGGCCUCAGUGGUCAGCCAUUAUCAGGACCAGAUAUUGGUGGGUAUGCUGGGAAUGCAACACCCAGGCUUUUUGGAAGAUGGAUGGGGGUGGGUGCAAUGCUUCCUUUUUCUCGUGGACAUUCUGAAAUGGGCACCAAUGACCAUGAACCAUGGUCUUUUGGACAAGAGUGUGAAGAAGUAUGUCGCCUGGCAUUGAUGCGACGCUACCGGCUUAUACAACACAUAUAUACUCUUUUUUAUAUGGCUCAUAUCGAGGGUACACCUGUUGUGGCUCCAACAUUUUUCGCUGAUCCAAAAGAUAUGAGUUUGAGGAGUGUUGAAAAUUCCUUUCUAUUGGGGCCUCUUUUAAUAUGUGCAAGCACGAUGCCUGAUAAGGGAUCGCAUGAAUUGCAGCACGUGUUGCCUGGGGGUAUCUGGUUGCGGUUUGACUUUGGUGAUACGCAUCCAGAUUUACCUAUACUGUAUUUACAAGGUGGAUCAAUAAUUCCUGUGGGACCUCCUCUUCAGCAUGUUGGGGAAGCAAAGCCAACGGAUGACUUGUUGCUGUUUAUGGCUUUAGAUGAACAUGGUAAAGCAGAAGGUGUUCUCUUUGAGGAUGAUGGCGAUGGAUAUGGAUUCCAACACGGGGAAUACCUCUUGACCUAUUACGUAGCUGAGCUUCAAUCUUCAGUUGUAACAGUAAAAGUUUCCAAAACAGAAGGAUCAUGGAGGAGGCCAAUACGUCGUCUUCAUGUACAUUUGUUACUUGGUGGAGGUGCCAAGGUUGAUGCAUGGGGCACUGAUGGAGAGGAGCUGCAGAUUGGAAUGCCUUCAGAAACUGAGGUGUCUAACCUAGUGGCUACAAGUGAAAAUCAAUACAAAGCUCUUUUAGAAAAUGUGAAGUGCAUUCCAGAUGCAGAUGAGCUCCCAGGACAGAAGGGAACAGAACUCUCAAGGACUCCUGUUGAACUAAAGAGUGGCGAUUGGGUUCUUGAAGUGGUGCCCUGGAUUGGUGGUAGAUUAAUCUCUAUGACGCAUCUCCCUUCUGGGACUCAGUGGCUUCAAAGCAGGGUCGAAGUUGAUGGGUAUGAAGAAUACGGUGGAGUUGAAUACCGAUCUGCUGGAUGCACUGAGGAAUAUGCUAUAACUGAGCGUACUCUUGAGCAAUCAGGAGAAGAGGAAUCUCUUACCUUAGAAGGAGAUAUUGGUGGUGGAUUGGUUCUUCGACGCCAAAUAGUUAUUCCAAAAGACAAUUCCAAGAUUCUCCAAAUUGACUCUGGCAUUAUAGCUCGCAGCGUUGGUGCUGGUUCAGGUGGAUUUUCAAGGGUGGUCUGUUUACGGGUGCACCCGACAUUCACUCUCUUGCACCCAACAGAAGUUUUUGUUUCAUUCGUUUCUAUCAAGGGAUCAAAGUAUGAAAUUCAGCCUGAAGCAGGUGAGCAGCAGUUCGAGGGGGAUCUCCGGCCUAGUGGAGAAUGGAUGCUGGUUGAUAAAUGUGCGGGCCUAUGUCUCAUUAAUCGGUUUAACAUCGACGUGGUUAAAAGAUGCGUGGUCCAUUGGGGGACUGGAACAGUUAACAUGGAGCUGUGGUCUGAUGAGAGGCCAGUUUCAAAAGACACUCCUUUGAAAAUAUCUCAUGAAUAUGAGGUGAAACCAAUCUCAUAAGCAUGGGUUUUAUCUGGGGGCUAUCAGAUAUGAUGAUGCAAACAACAGUUUUUCUUUGUCAGCUAAACAUCCCUCAUCAAUAAAAGCUCAUAGGAACUUUGACCCAA